AUGAAAUCAAAGUCAAAAACAUUCACCAAACCUCCGCGUCGACAAGGAGUGAACAAGCCCAACGAGUCUCACGAAAUUUCCACUGUUGAAGACGGAACAAGUACUCGACCUACUAAGAGGAGGAGAACAACUAGCAAGCCGAAGGACAGAAGAUAUGAGUGCCCCCACGAAGGUUGUGAUAAGAGUUACUCACGUGCCGAACACUUAUACAGGCAUCAGUUGAACCACGCUCCAAAGCAGAUAUUCAACUGUGACUUUGAAGGCUGUGACCGGCAGUUCGUCCGCCAGGACCUUUGUGCCAGACAUCGGGAGAGACAUACAAAGGAAAACUCACACUUGUUUCGCCGAGAUGCCUUUAAGCAGGGCAAGCUCAAGUCCUCGCACAUCGCCGAGGUUCAACAAGAACAAUCUUCGGAGCCUCAAGCAGCAGCGUCCACCACGGCUUCAGACUGUUCAGAGCCACAAAUUGCCGAGCGACCAACUACCUCGAGGCCUCACGAGCCUGUGCUAAGCUUCAGCUCUAUAGCACUGGAUCCACGCUUGACUACGGAGUCUGAACACUUCAAUUCGGCUAUGCCAUCUGGUCCUUUCUCCGGUAGCCUAGUGAAUGCUGAUUAUACCAACAUAUCGGAUUCUGUAAGCGAUUCCAUAGCUUCCCGACUGGCUGCUCAUCUGAAUCAUUCGGGCACAACACAAGCUACGUCCAGCAACUUGGCGACCUCUGGAACGGUGGCUGAGCGGAUGGACGAGUCACGCCUCGAGAACAACAGUGCCAUCUUCGCUCGUCCUAAUGUACCCCCACACCUUNCAAUGGACAUGUAUCACCUCAACCCGAUGCAGAACUUGUUCAAUCCGCUGAUCAAUGCUUCUGGGGCCUACCUACCUCAGCCCUGUCCUCCACCUUUGAGCGGUAAUGGCCUGAGAUCUCCGUCAACUUUCACGAACUUGCCCACGUUGCCUCAGUAUAAUUAUAGUGCGCAAGUCGCUUCGCCAACAGGCAUUAGAUCUGACUCAGUGACUUCUUACCUCUCCAAAGGGACACUUAACAACAACCAAACUGCAGGUCUCGUGGACCCUGCAGCGUUCUCUCAUCUGCCUGCGGGUGCGGCAGUCCCGGUUUUCAACGAGAACUACGGGCCAUCACCCCCAAAUAUGCCCGGUGCAGAGUUUAUUAGCUGGUUGUUCGAGGAGGACCCAAAAAUUUUCUCACCACAAUUACAAGCACCUUACAAUCACAAUUCGAGCCUACAGAUGCCGUUCGAUAACAUACAGUCCUCCAACGGGGAAGUGUAUCUCGAGUCCCUUAUUCGACCCAGCCCAGUUGCCAAAACUGAGCAAGACAGCAUACAACCAGAAUGUGUUCUCUCAGGCCCGCGCAGACAGCGCCUACUCGAUGUAGUCAUCUCCGAUUUCAAAGACAGUAGGCACGCUCAUGUUACAGCUCAAAGGGAGAAGACCUUGACUGGUAAUCACGACGGAGAGAAACAUGUGUUGAGCUUGCGGAUGAUGCAAGUAUUUUGCAGCUCGUUCUGGCUUAACAUACAUCCGCAGCUGCCAAUCUUGCAUCGACCCACCUUCUCUACCGAAACAUGUCCAGACCUUCUGCUCAUAGCUAUUAUGACUCUGGGCGCUUCUUGCUUGGAGCUAUCUUAUGGCUAUGAAGUCACACAAGCCUCGGCAGAGUUGGCUUCCUUCCUAGCAUGGCACACUCGCCGGAUGAUAUUCGAGGACCCGGACUUCAUCCCACCAGCCAAGCUUUGGAUAUUUCAGGCCUUAUUGCUAUUGGAAAUUUUCGAGAAGAUGUUUUCGACUACAACCUUGCACCAGAGGGCACAUGUGCACCAUUGUACCACGCUCACCCUGAUGAGGCGCGGAAGCUCAUUGAUGGGUCGAGCUGCUCUCGAUUUCGCCCCUUAUGAUGUCGAUCCAACUAGGACUCCUCCCGGUCCAAACGGCAGCGUAAACACCUGCGGUCGUAAUACCAAAGACGAAUGGUGGAACAACUGGGUCAGCAACGAGGCUACACGUCGAACGGCUUUCGCAGCGUUCAUAAUUGACACGACUCAUGCGACAAUGUUUGGUCACGAAGCCGUCAUGGUCGCCCAUGAGAUGCGGAUUCCCCUGCCAUGUGAUGAGGCUCUCUGGGCUGCUCCUAGUGGGGCUGAGGUACGAAAUCUUGAGCACAGCCUUACACUAAGUGGCUAUAGACCGAUGAGCUUCCUCGAAGCGCUGAAGAAAACAUUAAACAGUCAGCACGUACAAACCAACACCUUUGGCCGGGUUACCAUCAUGGCAGGCCUGAUGUCGGUCAGCUGGCAUAUGAAAAUGCAAGAUGUGAGAGCAAGUUCGAUCGGAGUUGGAAAACAAGGCAGUUGGAGUGAUCAGCUGGCUUCUGCCUGCAAUUUUUGGAGGCGUGAUUUUGAUAUCUCCUUGGCUCAGUCAUCAUCCAACAUACCGGUACACUUGCAAGACCGGAUGCUCAGCGACGUUAUGGAUAAGGAGAAGGUAUUCGAAUCCCGUACUGUGCUCCACCACCUGGCACGGAUGGCCAUGUACGUGGACAUCGUUGACUGCCAGAUUCUUGCUGGAGCAAAACGCUCACUGGGACGCGUGAUCACGGCCAAUGAUCAUGCGGCGGCAUCGANNAAAAAGUUGAGGGAGGCUUGGGCACCGUCACACGGGGCUCGUGAUGCAGUGUUCUAUGCGUUACGCUUCUUGUCGGCGGUACUGCUGCCAGAGGGCGACGGUUCCUCGGGGAUACACUCUAGUGGACAAGGAUUGGCAUACUCAGCUCGUGACGACAAUUCGCUCAACCGGCCUUGGGUGCUCUACUUUGCUGCCUUGGUUGUAUGGACCUACGGGUUUUGCUUGGACGGACCUAUAGCACCGCCGCUCCCUACAUACACCCUCAGGACGCAUGAGAUACAAUUUAGGGACCUGCGCGGCUUCCUUCGCCGCGUUGGCGGGGUCAGAUCGGCCGAUGAUCUGCAGCACGUCAAACACCGCAAUGGGAUGUUGGGCAUGUUGAUGCUUCUANAAGAGAUUUUCAGCAAGACCAGAUGGGAACUGCUGAACGACGAGGCUAGCGAAAUGCUGGGCAAUUGCAUCGAACUGCUUAUGCCCGGACACUCCAAUCUCUAG